AUGGGUAUUGGGAAGUCUAAAAUUGAUCCCUGCCCUCUUUCUGUCCCUUGGGGUAAAAGCCACAGUGUGGAUACAAGUCCAAGACAUCAUGAGUCAUAUUCCAAGAAAUCAGAAGAAAUAUCCCUAUGUGAUCAGACUGAGCAUAGCAGUACAACACAGGAGCCAACAGGAGAGCAGGAGGGAGCUGAGAGUGUGGAAGAGAUACCUGAGGAGGAAGCAGAAGAAGAGAUAUUCUUCAAAUUUGUGAUACUACAUGCAGAAAGUGACAUAAAUGAAGCCCUCAGAGUCCAGGAUCUGCUACAAGAUGACUUUGAUAUCAAACCUGGAAUAAUCUUUGCUGAGAUGCCAUGUGGCAGACAGCAUUUACAGAAUUUAGAUGAUGCUGUAAAUGGGUCUGCAUGGACAAUCUUAUUAUUGACUGAAAACUUUUUAAGAGAUACCUGGUGUAAGUUCCAGUUCUAUUCAUCCCUAAUGAACUCUGUCAACAGGCAGCACAAAUACAACUCUGUUAUACCCAUGCGGCCCCUGAACAAUCCCCUUCCUCGAGAAAGGACUCCUUUUGCUCUGCGAACCAUCAACGCCCUAGAAGAAGGAAGUCGUGGCUUUCAUACCCAAGUGGAAAGAAUCUUCCAGGAGUCUGUGUAUAAGACACAAAAAAUUAUUUGGAGAGAGACAAGAAAUAUAGCAUAA